CACACCACCGUAACGCCGCUGUCAAAGAGGCUGGGACUUCAGAGCCUGUACCAUUAUGCUGCUAUAUAGCCUAUCAGCCAUCACCGGAGCGGAGAUGGGCUUCAAUUAGGAGGGAAUUCAGUCGAUAUUAAAACGUCGGUUUACACGCCUCAGAAUUGCUUGCAGACUCUUUUCGCACGUGCUUGCAGCCUGCCAGCGUGGCCUAAGUAUGGCAGAGCAGGACUCCACCGGGAAGAAGCUUCCAGCAGUGGCUGCGCUGCACUCUCACUUCAUCGUGGGUUCUGUGUCCGAGGAAAACUCUGAGGAUGAAACCGCAGGGAAGCUGGACCUGCAGAUGGAGGAGAAUCCGCGCUCCCUUUCCCCCUCUUCAGUCAGUUCAGACAGCACUUAUGAGAUGGGCUUCGACAGCCUGGACGGACCCUUGCACAAUCUGAGGCCUAGCAUGUCAGGACUUCACCUUGUGAAGCAGGGCAGGGACCGCAGACGCACCGAUUUGCAGAGGGACUUUACUGUUGCUUCCCCCGCUGAAUUCGUCACCCGAUUUGGUGGCAACAAAGUCAUUGAGAAGGUUCUCAUUGCUAACAAUGGCAUCGCUGCAGUUAAGUGCAUGCGCUCCAUUCGUCGCUGGGCUUAUGAAAUGUUUCGGAAUGAACGGGCCAUACGUUUUGUAGUAAUGGUUACCCCAGAGGACCUCAAAGCCAAUGCAGAGUAUAUCAAGAUGGCAGAUCACUAUGUACCUGUCCCAGGGGGGACAAACAACAACAACUAUGCUAAUGUGGAACUCAUUUUGGACAUAGCUAAACGAAUUCCCGUUCAGGCUGUAUGGGCCGGUUGGGGUCAUGCCUCUGAGAACCCCAAACUCCCUGAAUUGCUGCACAAGAACGGCAUUGCCUUCAUGGGUCCACCGAGUCAGGCUAUGUGGGCUCUUGGGGAUAAGAUUGCCUCUUCUAUUGUGGCCCAGACAGCUGGCAUCCCCACAUUACCCUGGAGUGGAACAGGGCUGACUGUAGAGUGGACAGAGAAUGACCAGAAGAAAGGAAUUAUUAAUGUCCCUACUGAGCUGUACGAGCAGGGCUGUGUACAUGAUGUGGAGGCUGGACUGAAGGCGGCUGAACAAAUAGGUUACCCUGUGAUGGUGAAGGCGUCUGAAGGCGGAGGAGGAAAAGGUAUCCGGAAAGUCACUGGUGCGGAAGACUUUCCCAACCUCUUCAGACAGGUUCAAGCUGAGGUUCCAGGUUCCCCGAUCUUUGUCAUGCAAUUGGCCAAACAUGCUCGCCACCUGGAGGUGCAGAUUUUGGCUGAUCAGUAUGGUAACGCCAUCUCCCUGUUCGGCCGCGACUGCUCCGUCCAGCGCAGACAUCAGAAAAUCAUUGAAGAAGCUCCGGCUACUAUUGCCACCUCUGAUGUGUUUGAGGAUAUGGAGAAGUGCGCAGUGAGUUUGGCAAAGAUGGUGGGCUAUGUGAGUGCAGGUACAGUGGAAUAUCUCUACAGUCAAGACGGCAGCUUUUAUUUCCUAGAGCUCAACCCUCGUCUUCAAGUGGAACAUCCUUGCACUGAGAUGGUGGCUGAUGUUAACCUGCCUGCGGCCCAACUGCAGAUCGCUAUGGGCAUCCCACUUCACCGCAUUAAAGACAUCAGGGUGAUGUAUGGGAUGCAGCCAUGGGGAGAUUCCCCCAUUGACUUUGAUGGACUCUCCACCACCCCCUCUCCACGAGGUCAUGUAAUUGCAGCUCGAAUUACUAGCGAGAACCCAGAUGAGGGCUUUAAGCCCAGCUCAGGAACUGUCCAGGAGUUAAAUUUCCGCAGUAACAAGAAUGUGUGGGGCUACUUCAGUGUGGCGGCUGCUGGAGGUCUGCAUGAGUUUGCAGACUCUCAGUUUGGCCAUUGCUUCUCCUGGGGAGAGAACCGUGAGGAGGCCAUCUCAAACAUGGUGGUGGCCCUCAAGGAACUGUCCAUCAGAGGAGACUUCAGGACUACAGUGGAGUAUCUUAUAAAGCUGCUAGAAACAGAAAGUUUCCAGCACAAUAGCAACAAAACAUACACAUCAUUAUAAAUCUGUGUGUGUGUCUAGGCCGAGCGUCCUGACACUAUGCUGGGUGUAGUGAGUGGAGCUCUGCAUGUGGCUGAUGUCAACCUCAGAAACAGUGUGUCCAAUUUCCUGCAUUCACUGGAAAGAGGGCAGGUUUUACCUGCACACACGCUGUUAAACACGGUUGAUGUUGAGCUAAUCUAUGAGGGGACCAAAUAUGUUCUCAAGGUGACCAGACAGUCUCCUAACUCUUACGUGGUCAUCAUGAAUAACUCUUCGGCGGAGGUGGAUGUUCAUCGGUUGAGCGAUGGGGGUCUGCUGCUCUCGUAUGACGGCAGCAGCUACACUACCUACAUGAAGGAGGAAGUGGACAGGUAUCGCAUCAUUAUUGGUAACAAGACAUGUGUGUUUGAAAAAGAGAAUGAUCCUUCACUCCUGCGCUCACCAUCUGCUGGGAAACUCAUCCAGUAUACUGUGGAGGAUGGUGGACACGUGUUUGCUGGACAGUGUUAUGCAGAAAUCGAGGUGAUGAAGAUGGUGAUGACCCUGACGGCCUCUGAGUCUGGUUGUAUUCACUAUGUGAAGAGAGCAGGUGCAGUGCUGGAGCCGGGCUGUAUCAUCGGCAAACUGCAGCUGGACGAUCCCAGCAGAGUACAGCAGGCGGAGCUGUUUACAGGAACAUUACCCAGUGUUCAGUCCGUGGCUCUCAGGGGAGAGAAGCUUCACAGAGUCUUCCACAGCACUCUGGAUCACCUAGUGCACAUAAUGAAUGGCUACUGUCUGCCAGAGCCCUUCUUCAGUGGCAAACUGAAAGAAUGGGUGGAGCGUCUGAUGAAGACUCUGAGGGACCCCUCUCUGCCCCUGCUGGAGCUUCAGGACAUCAUGACGAGCGUUUCAGGCCGGAUCCCUCCUGCUGUAGAAAAGUCUAUCAAAAAAGAAAUGGCUCAGUAUGCCAGCAACAUCACCUCUGUCCUCUGCCAGUUUCCCAGUCAGCAGAUUGCCAAUACACUGGACAGUCAUGCUGCCACGCUGAACAGGAAGUCCGAAAGAGAAGUCUUCUUCAUGAACACGCAGAGCAUUGUACAGCUGGUUCAGAAGUACCGCAGUGGCAUCAGAGGGCAUAUGAAGGCGGUGGUGAUGGACCUCCUCAGGCAGUAUUUAAGAGUGGAAGUUCAGUUUCAACAUGGUCACUAUGAAAAGUGUGUGUUUGCACUACGAGAGGAAAACAAAGGGGACAUGGCCAAUGUGCUCAACUACAUAUUCUCUCAUGCACAAGUCACAAAGAAGAACUCUCUGGUCACCAUGUUGAUUGAUCAGCUGUGUGGACGAGACCCUACUCUGACAGACGAGCUCAUGGCAAUACUCACAGAACUCACACAGCUCAGCAAGACCACUAAUGCCAAGGUGGCGCUGCGGGCACGGCAGGUUCUCAUUGCCUCGCACCUUCCGUCAUACGAGCUACGACACAAUCAGGUGGAAUCCAUCUUUCUGUCUGCUAUCGACAUGUACGGGCAUCAGUUCUGCAUUGAAAACCUGCAGAAACUGAUCCUAUCAGAAACAUCCAUCUUUGAUGUGCUGCCAAAUUUCUUUUACCACAGUAAUCAGGUGGUACGGAUGGCUGCUCUAGAGGUGUAUGUUCGUAGAGCUUAUAUCGCUUAUGAACUCAACAGCGUCCAGCACCGUCAGCUGAAGGACAACACCUGCAUCGUGGAGUUCCAGUUCAUGCUGCCCACAUCCCACCCCAACAGAGGGAACAUCCCCACUCUAAACAGAAUGUCCUUCUCCUCUAACUUGAACCACUAUGGCAUGGUCCACGUGGCCAGCGUUAGUGAUGUGCUCCUGGACACCUCCUUCACCCCGCCCUGUCAGCGUAUGGGUGCCAUGGUUUCCUUCCGCUCCUUCCAGGAGUUCACCAGGAACAUUAAAGAUGUGUUGAGCUGUUUCUCAGACUCACCCCCUUCUACUCCAACCUUUCCUGAGGGGGGCAACCCUGUGCUGUAUGGAGAGGAGGACAACAAGAGCAUUCAAGAUGAGCCAAUUCAUAUCCUUAAUGUGGCCAUAAAGACAGACAGUGACAUUGAUGAUGAUGGUCUAGCAGCCAUGUUCCGCGAGUUUACCCAGUCUAAGAAAUCUCUGCUAUUUGAGCACGGCAUCCGAAGAAUUACCUUUUUGGUCGCUCAGAAGGAUUUCAGGAAGCAAGUCAACUGUGAGGUGGACCAGAGGUUCCAUAGAGAAUUCCCCAAAUUUUUCACUUUUCGAGCUCGAGGCAAGUUUGAGGAAGACCGUAUCUACAGGCACUUGGAACCUGCCUUGGCUUUCCAGCUGGAGCUCAACCGCAUGCGUAACUUUGCACUGACGGCCAUCCCCUGUGCCAACCAUAAGAUGCACCUGUACUUGGGAGCUGCCCGCGUGGAAGUGGGCGCUGAGGUCACAGAUUACCGCUUCUUUGUGCGGGCCAUCAUCCGCCACUCGGACUUGGUCACCAAGGAAGCGUCGUUUGAGUACCUGCACAAUGAGGCAGAGCGUUUGCUGCUGGAGGCCAUGGAUGAGCUGGAAGUGGCUUUCAACAACACCACAGUGCGCACUGACUGCAAUCACAUCUUCCUCAAUUUUGUCCCAACCGUCAUCAUGGACCCUUCUAAGAUUGAGGAAUCUGUGCGCUCCAUGGUCAUGCGCUACGGGAGUCGUCUCUGGAAGCUCCGUGUGCUCCAAGCCGAGCUGAAGAUUAACAUCCGACUGACACCCACUGGCAAACAGAUCCCCAUCCGCCUCUUCCUGACCAAUGAGAGUGGCUACUACCUGGACAUCAGCCUGUACAAGGAGGUCACAGACUCCCGUACAGGACAGAUCAUGUUCCAGGCAUAUGGAGACAAGCAGGGUCCUCUUCAUGGCAUGCUCAUCAACACACCCUAUGUCACUAAAGACCUCCUGCAGUCCAAACGCUUCCAAGCCCAGAGCCUCGGUACCACCUAUGUCUACGACUUCCCAGAGAUGUUCCGUCAGGCUCUGAGGAAGCUAUGGCAGUCCAUGGACGCACACGCCAACUUACCCAAGUGUCCUCUUCCAUCGGAAUUGCUGACCUUCACAGAGCUGGUCCUGGAUUCUCAGGGUCAGCUGGUGCAGAUGAACCGUCUACCUGGAGGAAAUGAGAUUGGCAUGGUAGCAUGGCGGAUGACUCUCCGAACCCCUGAGUACCCGGCCGGCCGUGAGAUUAUUGUGAUCAGCAAUGACAUCACACAUAAGAUUGGCUCCUUCGGGCCGCAGGAGGAUGUGCUGUUCCAGCAGGCUUCAGAGAUGGCGCGGGAAAGCGGUAUCCCACGAAUCUAUAUUGCUGCCAACAGCGGAGCCCGGAUUGGCCUGGCAGAGGAAAUCAGACACAUGUUCCAUGUGGCCUGGCAGGAUCCAGCAGACCCGUACAAGGGCUUUAAGUACCUGUACCUCACACCUCAGGACUAUAAGAAGGUGUCUGCUCUGAACUCAGUCCACUGUGAACAUGUGGAAGAUGAGGGUGAAUCCAGGUAUAAGAUCACUGAUAUCAUUGGUAAAGAGGAGGGGUUGGGUGUGGAGAACCUGAGAGGUUCUGGCAUGAUCGCGGGUGAAUCUUCACUGGCGUAUGAGGAUAUCAUCACCAUGAACCUGGUAACAUGCAGAGCCAUUGGAAUUGGAGCAUAUCUGGUGAGACUGGGCCAAAGAACCAUACAGGUGGAGAACUCUCACAUAAUCCUCACUGGAGCUGGAGCUCUCAAUAAGGUUCUGGGUCGCGAAGUGUACACCUCCAAUAACCAGCUGGGUGGAGUACAGAUCAUGCACAAUAAUGGAGUCACACACACCACUGUGUGCGAUGAUUUUGAGGGAGUGUUUACGUUACUGCUCUGGCUGUCUUACAUGCCGAAGAAUAAGAUGAGUCCUGUGCCAAUGAUCAGUGCUAAAGAUCCCAUCGAUCGGCCAGUGGAGUUUGUUCCUACCAAGGCACCUUAUGACCCACGCUGGAUGUUAGCGGGACGUCCCAGUCAGAACACUAAGGGUGCGUGGGUGAGCGGGUUCUUUGACCAUGGCUCUUUUCUGGAGAUCAUGCAGCCGUGGGCACAGAGUGUAAUCGUAGGACGGGCCAGGUUGGGCGGGAUCCCGACUGGAGUAGUUGCAGUGGAAACCCGAUCAGUGGAGCUGUCUAUCCCAGCAGACCCAGCGAAUUUGGACUCUGAAGCCAAGAUCAUCCAACAAGCAGGGCAAGUGUGGUUCCCAGACUCUGCUUUUAAGACAGCACAGGCCAUUAAAGACUUCAACAGGGAGGGGCUUCCUCUCAUGGUGUUUGCCAACUGGAGGGGCUUCUCUGGAGGGAUGAAAGACAUGUAUGACCAGGUGCUGAAGUUUGGGGCGUAUAUAGUGGACGGGCUGAGAGAAUACAGACAGUCAGUGCUGGUGUACAUCCCUCCACAAGCAGAGCUCAGGGGAGGAUCAUGGGUCGUCAUAGACCCCACCAUCAACCCUCGCCACAUGGAGAUGUAUGCGGAUAAGGACAGCCGUGGUGGCGUGCUGGAGCCUGAAGGCACAGUGGAGAUCAAGUUCCGUAAAAAAGACCUGGUGAAGACCAUGAGACGGGUGGACCCUGUAUACAUGGGGCUUGCAGAAAGACUGGGCACCCCAGAGUUGAGUGUGUCUGAGCGUAAAGAGCUGGAGAGUAAACUGAAAGAGAGAGAAGAGUUCCUGCUGCCAAUAUAUCAUCAAGUAGCCGUGCAGUUUGCCGACCUUCAUGACACACCGGGCCGUAUGCAGGAAAAAGGAGUCAUCACUGAUGUCCUGGAGUGGCAGACAUCUCGACUCUUCUUCUACUGGCGCUUGCGGCGGUUAUUGCUGGAGGACACUGUUAAGAGGAAGAUCCAGUGUGCUAACAGUGAGCUGACAGACGGCCAGGUUCAGGCCAUGCUCCGCCGCUGGUUCGUGGAAGCAGAGGGAGCUGUGAAAGCUUAUCUGUGGGACAGCAAUGAGGAUGUUGUGGAGUGGUUGGAGAGGCAGCUGGCAGAAGAAGAGGGUGCCAGAUCUCUCAUCGAUGAGAAUAUCAAAUAUAUCCGCAGGGAUCACAUCCUCAAACAGAUCCGAAGCCUGGUUCAAGCUAACCCUGAAGUGGCCAUGGACUCCAUUGUUCACAUGACCCAGCACAUUUCCCCCACGCAGCGUACGGAGGUGGUCCGAAUCCUGUCCACCAUGGACGCCCCUGCGUCAUCAUAGAGCCUUGUUUACACAAUCAUCUCAGAGGCAUGAUACUACA